AAUAAUAAAAAAUUUUCAUUUCCUAAACCACUUCAUGCGUCCUAGACUCCUAGUUCAACCGGUUAAAAUAUUGAAAUUGUUAAAAUGUUGAAAUUGUUAAGCCGAAUAUUUUUUCUUUAACAACAUAUUCAAACUUUUUUACCAAAAAUGUUUUAUGGACCAUUUUCCUAAUUAAUCUCUUAAUUUUCUAACAGCUUAGUUUUUGAUAAACACUCAAAUGUACACAUUUGCAUUCCCUCCAACACAACACCGUAAAUUCAAAAUAUAAUAGAAUACCAGAAUCGAUGAAUCAAUGACGUAAAACAACAACACCUGAAUAACGAUGGUUCAAUUUGUCUGUAGAACACGAUCAUCAUCAUCAUCAUUAUCAUUGAUUAAUAAGUGUAUACGCAUGCACUCAACAACAACUACCCAAUGGACCAAAAACGCAAACCUAAGAACCAUGUUCGGCAAAUAUGUCGACAAAACAAACAUCUAUAAUUGGAACUCUGUCAUUGCCGAUUUCGCUCGAAAUGGUGACCCUUUAGAAGCUCUCCACGCAUUCUCUUCAUUGCGUAAACUCUCUCUUCACCCAAAUCGUUCCACUUUCCCGUGCACCAUCAAAUCAUGUUCUUCCCUCUCCGACCUCCGUGCCGGAAAACAGACCCACCAGCAAGCUUUUAUAUUCGGAUAUGGUUCGGAUGUCUUCGUUGCAUCUGCUCUUAUUGAUAUGUACUCUAAAUGUGGCUAUUUGAAUGAUGCAUGGAAACUGUUUGAUGAAAUUCCUGAAAGAAAUGUUGUUUCUUGGACUUCUAUGAUUACUGGGUAUGUUCAAAAUGAGCGUGCCCGUGAAGCUGUUUGUUUGUUUAAGGAGUUGUUGUUGGUUGAGGAGAGUGAUUAUGAAGAGGGUGUUGGUGUGGAUUCAGUUCUUUUGGGUUGUAUUAUUUCGGCUUGUGCUCGGGUGUGUAAGAAGAGUGUAACUGAAUGUGUUCAUGGAUUUGUGAUCAAGAAGGGGUUUGAGGGAUGUUUGGCGGUUGGGAAUACGUUGAUGGAUGCUUAUGCUAAGUGUGGGGAGAUAGGUUUGUCUGGGAAAGUUUUUGAUGGGAUGGAGGAGAAUGAUGUUUGUUCUUGGAACUCUUUGAUUGCUGUAUAUGCACAUGAUGGAUUGUCGGAAGAGGCUUUCGGUGUGUUUAGGGAUAUGGUGAAGAGGGGCGAGGUUAGAUAUAACGCGGUCACAUUAUCUGCGGUGUUGUUAGCUUGUGCUCAUUCUGGAGCUCUGCAAAUAGGAAAGUGCAUACACGAUCAGGUUGUAAAGAUGGAAUUAGAAGAUAAUGUAAUUGUCGGUACUUCUAUAGUUGAUAUGUACUGCAAAUGUGGGAGAGUUGAGAUGGCAAGGAAGGCAUUUGAUCGCAUGAAAAAGAAAAAUGUUAAGUCGUGGACUGCUAUGAUUGCGGGUUAUGGAAUGCAUGGACGUGCAAAAGAGGCUAUGGAAAUCUUCUACGAGAUGAUAAGGUCUGGAACCAAACCAAAUUACAUUACUUUUGUGUCUGUUUUAGCUGCUUGUAGUCAUGCUGGUCUGUUGAAAGAAGGGUGGAAUUGGUUUAAUAGAAUGAAAUGUGAAUAUAAUGUUGAACCUGGGAUUGAGCAUUAUUCAUGCAUGGUUGAUCUCCUUGGACGUGCUGGCUAUCUUAAAGAAGCUUAUGGUUUGAUCCAGGAAAUGAAGGUGAAGCCUGAUUUUAUAGUUUGGGGUUCCCUUCUCGGGGCUUGUAGGGUUCACAAGAACGUUGAACUAGGGGAGAUCUCUGCCAAAAAGCUAUUUGAGUUAGAUCCAAGUAAUUGUGGGUACUAUGUACUACUCUCCAAUAUUUAUGCUGAUGCUGGAAGGUGGGAUGAUGUUGAGAGGAUGAGAAUAUUAAUGAAGAAUCAUGGAUUGCUUAAAACCCCUGGGUAUAGUAUAGUUGAACGUAAAGGUAGGAUACAUGUAUUUUUAGUUGGAGACAAGGAGCAUCCUCAACAUGAGAAGAUUUACGAGUAUUUGGACGAAUUAAAUGUUAAGCUGCAAGAACUUGGAUAUCUGCCAAAUGUAACAUCAGUGCUCCAUGAUGUUGAUGAGGAAGAGAAAGAAAUGGUUCUAAGAGUUCACAGUGAGAAACUAGCUGUUGCCUUUGGAAUCAUGAAUUCAGUUCCUGGGUCAGUUAUCCAGAUCAUAAAAAAUCUUAGAAUUUGUGGGGACUGCCAUAUUGCAAUUAAAUUGAUUUCCAAAAUAGUAAAUCGCGAAAUUGUUAUCAGAGAUUCAAAGCGAUUUCAUCAUUUCAAGGACGGGCUGUGUUCAUGUGGGGACUAUUGGUGACG